GUCAACAUGGCGAUGUGAAGGCGUUCCUGUCAUAUUCGGCAUUCUCGGUUGUUUUCGACGACGACAGCAGUACACCUCGACAACACUUCGCUGCAAACGCCGUCAUCGCUAACAUGGGCACCAGAAAUGUGUAUAACUUUGACAUUGAACGAAUUCGGGAAGGGGAAUUCCCAACCCUUAAAGGACUCACAUAUGUUGACCAUGUUGGCACAACACUUUAUGCUCGGAGUCAGCUGGAAGCUUUCCACAAAGAUCUCUUCAGCAACCUCUACGGCAACCCCCACUCCCGCAGUCAGAGUAGCCGACUCACCACAGACACCAUCGACCAAGUCAGAUACAGGGUUUUGCAGUUUUUCAAUGCAUCAGCAGAAGAGUAUAGCGUUGUCUUCACAUCCGGCUGUACCCAGGCUCUCAAGCUUAUAGCCGAGACAUUCACAUUCCAUGAUGACACAACUCCUGAAGACCCAUCUCAGACCAGGGAUGGGGGUGGCAGCUUUGUGUACCUGCUGGACAAUCACACCUCGGUGCAGGGAAUGAGGGAGCUGGUCAGUGACAGGGUGGCCGGGGUAUACUGUCUGGAUGAGGAGGAGCUGGAUCAAGACAUCCCACAACACCUUAAUCAGAUCCACCUUAGAUGCCAAGCUUCCGAUCAAAACAGACCUGAAUCAAACCAACAAAGUGUUGAUGUGUCCACAGACAAGUGUAAUGUGCUCCCAUCAAACAAACUUAAUCAAAGCCAAGAUCAAUCUGACGAUACUGCAGUCCUGACAACUGUGGAUGUAUCUAGGUCAGGAGAAAAACAACAUGUGACUUCCAAAUGCCAUAAAAGCCGAACCAAAGAUCAAACAGGACUGUGUAAUUUGUUUGCCUAUCCAGCACAGUCUAACUUUUCUGGUAGAAAGUACCCUUUGAGCUGGAUAGACAGGGUCCAGCGAGGUGACAUGGGCUUCCAGAGCAAGUUGCCAGGGAAAUGGUACGUGGUUCUAGACGCUGCCAGCUAUGUGAGCACUUCCAAGCUGGACUUGAAAAAGCACAAGCCUGAUUUUGUGACGUUGUCUUUCUACAAGAUCUUUGGUUUCCCAACUGGUCUAGGUGCCCUCUUGGUCCGGGCUGACGCUGCUCCCCUGCUAAAUAAGCGCUACUUUGGAGGGGGCACUGUUUCCGUGAGCGAUGCAAGGGAGAGGUUCCAUGUACUGAAGCCCACACUAGCAGACAGGUUUGAAGAUGGCACCCUUCCAUUCCUGGACUUGAUUGCUCUGAGGCAUGGACUGGAUGCAGUACACAGGAUUGCUGGUGACAUGGACAGGGUGUCCAGCCACACCUUCACAGUCGCCAAGUUUUUCCAUGACCACCUUCGUCAGCUACGCGACGGUAAUGACACCCCUGUAGUUCGCAUCUACUGCCAGGGCUUCGAGGACAUACACACCCAGGGAGCCAUUGUCAACUUCAACAUCCUCAGGGACAAUGGAGAGUUUGUUGGCUUUGCUGAGGUAGACAAGAUGGCCCAGCUGCAGGACGUCCAUCUGAGGACCGGCUGCUUCUGUAACAUCGGGGCAUGUCAGAAAUAUCUCCACCUCACCUCUAAACAGAUCAGGGAAAACUUCCAGGCCGGCCAUGUCUGUGGAGAUGACCAAGACAUGAUUGAUGGUCACCCAACUGGAUCAGUCCGCAUCUCCUUCGGCUACAUGUCAACAUAUGGAGAUGCAGUACAGUGUCUGCGUUUUAUCACAGAAUACUUUCUUGAGGGACGGGCAAUCCCAGAAUUCCCUGUUCCAAUAUCCGUCAGUGUUUCCAAUGCCAGUCCAGCGAAGUCUUCAGUUCCUGAACUCAGUCAAACAUUAAAUUAUCCUGAAAGGCAGUUGCAAAAAGAGGAAGAGAACUUGAGGAAGAAGGAGGAAGAGGUCCUUGAAAAGUGUUCUGAAUCAUCUAGGUUCCUCACCAAGAUCUGUCUGUACCCUGUCAAGUCUUGUGCUGCCUUCCAGGUUUCAGCAUGGGAAGUUGGUCCUCGAGGGCUGCUGUAUGACAGAGAGUGGAUGAUUGUCAGUGAAAGUGGAGUCACCCUGGGUCAGAAGAGAGAACCAAAGUUGUGUCUCCUCCAGCCUUCCAUAGAUCUCCUAUUCAACACAUUCACCCUCAGCUUCCCAGAGACACAAUCCAUCACCAUUUCUCUGACAGCUUUGGACAGUAACAGUGUGGACUAUAAAGGACGGCUGUGUACCAACAAAGUUUGUGGAGACAGGGUGAACACUGUAGACUGUGGUGACAGAGUGGCUGACUGGCUGAGUGAGGCUCUAGGGAGACCUGGAACUCGACUUCUGAGACUGAAGCAGGAGGAUACACGGACUGGGAGGCUGAAGGAUGCUGCGACACAGGCUGCUUCGGACUCAACAAGACUGUCGCUGGCCAACGAAUCACAGUUCCUGCUCGUCUCCAGGGAGAGUGUGAAGUCUCUUCAGAAGAAGAUGGCUGACGAGGAUGACGCAGAUCAGGAGAAGAUAGGACAAUGUCAACGUCAUUUUGACACUGACAACUUGAUACAUCGUUUCCGUGGCAACCUGAUAGUUGGUGGUGGUUCAGGUUUUGAGGAGGAGAACUGGACACAAUUGAAGAUUGGGAACCAUGUUUUGAUCAGUCAGGGUCAGUGUAGCCGGUGCCAGAUGAUAUGCAUGGACCAAGAAACAGGGGAGAGAAGCAAGGAACCACUCCGCACUCUCUCUAUGUGGAGGGGCAAAAAGGUUCCAUUUGGUGUCUACAUGCGUCAGUUGUCUCCCAGUACCGAUUCCAGCAGUAUAACAAUUCUGCGGGUUGGGGAUCAAGUUGUCCCUGAGACUGAGAGCAAGGAGACCUAGAGUGGGCCAUGGUCUGGGAGGGGAUGAGUCAAGCUGGGCCAUAUUGUUUGGGCAUGAAAGUCAAGGACGGCUUCAGUGUUUGAAUGUGAGAGUCAAGAUCAGACACAGGGCUGGGGUAUGAAGGUCUAGGUGGGCUACUUAUCAGGUAGUGCAAGUAAAGGUUGGCCUAAGUGUUGUGUUAGGUGAGUGAAAUGUGUUACAAUGUGUGGGAUGGGUGAGCUAAGGUGGGCCACAUUGUGGGAACGAACAGGAAGUCAUUAUGAGGUCAUAUAAGUUUGUGCUCAGAAUCCCAAAACUAUGAUAUAGCUGGUCUCUAUUCUAAGCCAGUGUUAUAAGUAUAUAAGUAUUGGACAAUGGAUAUUGAGCACAGGACAAUGGAUUCUUAUUAUAGGGCAAUGAAUUUUAAGUAUAGGACAGUCAAAGAAGAAGUAGAUAUGGGGUGUUUGUCCUUAAAUGUUCAUGGUAUUUGGAGUUUGCCUGGAGCCAGUGUUGCAAGUCCAAGGAUGUAUCACUGUAGAACUGAUGCUGCUGGUCUACUACAAACAUGUUAUUCAGGAUCUUGAGAUUAAUGUUUUGUUUGGUUAUAUUUUGUUGACAGAAACAUCCCAUCCUUCUGCCAUGGAUUGGUUUCUGAGAGUCUUAUAUUGUGAUGUUUUGAAAAUUGUAUCUAAUUUCUGAAUACACUAUCUUUG